AUGGUCGUAAAAUACGGCGGAGUAGGCAUUCCCGCCUCUUUCGCGUCAUGCAGCAUCACCUCCAAGCGAGGCGAAAGCUUGCUACAGCGUAUGAAGAGCAUCAAGAGCGCAGGAUUCGAUGGAAUGGAAAUGUCCAUGCCCGACAUUGUCGAAUUUGCCCAAACUGCGGUCAACAACGACGCUAGCGAAAAGGAUAUCGACGUGUUGAUCGAGGCCUCUGAGCAAAUCAAAAACGCCGCCGAGGCCAUUAGCCUCAAGAUAAUGAUGCUGCAGCCGUUUCCUCGAUUCGAAGGGUGGGAUGCACCACGUCGGGAAGCUGCAUUCGCCAAGGCAAAAGAUUGGCUUCGCAUCAUGGAGGCUCUUGGGACAGAUACCUUGCAAGUUGGAUCGUCCGACGCGGAGGAUAUAUCACGCGACAGCAAUGUCCUGGCAAAAGACCUCCGAGAUCUCGCACAACUGUGCAGCAGCAAAGGAUGCAGGGUAGCCUACGAGAACUGGUGCUGGUCAACUCACGCGCCAACCUGGAAAGCCGUGUGGGAAAUCGUCGAAAAGGCCAACCACCCAAACCUCGGACUCUGCCUCGACACGUUUCAGGCAGCAGGGGCCGAGUACGCAGAUCCGACCACACAUUCGGGCUACGUCGAAUCCGUCGACAAGGAGGACACCACCCUGGAAACGUCUUGGCAGCGCAGCUUACACGAGCUGGCGACUACGGUGCCGGCUGACAAGAUUUUUGUGCUGCAGAUAUCCGACGCCUACAAGGUCACGCCGCCCCUGGGAAGAGAUAAAGGCAAAGCGGAAUGGAGUCGGCGACACCGUCCGUUACCGUGCAACGGCGGGUACUUGCCGGUCCAAGAGGUUUUGAAUGCGGUUCUGGCGACUGGGUUUCGAGGGUGGUUGUCGGUUGAGGUGUUUGACCCCAACGAGGAAAAGAAAAUGGCAAAUGACGACUACACGACAGCAGCCAUGGUUGCGCUAAAGAAGCUGGUUGCCAUGGCAAGAUAG